GAUGCGCGUGUAGAAAGGCCUGACUCGUCGACGACCGGAUUCUCUUGACAGAAUAUUGGACGACAGAACAGGCACACAUCUCGGACAAUUUGCAAUCCAAACAUGUAGAGUGAUGCCAGAAUGCGGGGCACCCAGGGAGAAAACUGCAUGGUCGGGUCGCUGCUGGGUCAGCUGUCACAUUUUCUCCGUGCUGGCAAUUCAGCCCUCCUUCUUGUAUAAAACACCCAUCAUUACUCCGACCAACUCCCCGCCGUUCUUUCAUCCCUUUCAGCCCCCUACUUUUCACCAUGGGUGCCGGUGCUACCGUCGCAGCAGGCACAGGAGACGCCUCCUUCGCCCACCUCAUCGACCCCAGGAGGAAGUGGUACAACAACAGGCGUAUCAUUAUCCUCAACGCUUGGGUGUUCCUCCUUCUCAUUACCUCCUCCACCAACGGCUACGAUGGCUCCAUGAUGAACGGUCUCCAGUCGCUCACGCAGUGGGAGACGGCGUUCAACAAUCCGUCUGGCGGUAUGCUUGGUCUGCUUAACGCCAUCCAGAAUAUCGGAGCGCUCGCGGCUUAUCCUUUCGCACCAUACAUGUCCGAUGGCAUUGGCCGUCGCCGGACUGUUUUCUUCGGCUCGUCCAUCAUGCUGGUCGCGACUGCGCUCCAGACCGCGUCGCAGUCGGUGAACAUGUUCAUCGGUGCCCGUUUCCUCAUCGGUUUCGGUCUCACGUUCGCAGCGAACUCUGCCCCCAUGUUGGUCACUGAGAUCUCAUACCCCACAUACCGUGCCCCGCUUACGUCGCUCUACAACUCGCUUUGGUACUCCGGUUCCAUCAUUGCCGCCUGGACCACCUACGGCACCUUCCGCAUCAACUCGACCUGGGCCUGGCGUCUCCCCUCCCUGCUCCAGGGUAUCCCCGCCGUCCUCCAGUUCGGUCUCGUCCUCUUCGGCCCCGAGUCGCCCCGUUGGCUCAUCAGCAAGGGCAAGGAUGAGCAGGCCCUCAAGACGCUCGCGUACUACCACGCCGACGGCAACGAACAGGACCCCCUCGUCCAGUACGAGUUCGAGGAGAUCAAGGCUGCCAUCGAGUUCGACCGCGAAGUCACCAAGAACGCCGGCUGGAAGUCGCUCGUCGCCACCCCGGGCAACCGCAAGCGCAUGCGCAUCAUCGUCGCCCUCGCCUUCUUCUCCCAGUGGUCCGGCAACGGUCUCGUCUCGUACUACCUCAACAAGGUGUUCGAUGAGAUAGGCAUCUCGGGUUCCAGCACGCAGCUCCUCAUCAACGGUAUCCUCCAAGUCUGGAACCUGUUCUGGGCCGUCGGCGCGGCGUUCAUGAUCAACCGUCUCGGCCGUCGCUUCCUGUUCAUGACCUCCAUCAUCGGCAUGCUCCUGUUCUACAUGGCACAGGCAAUCUGCUUCGCCCGCUACGCGGUCAACCAGGCGCCCGCUGCUGGUCACGCCGUCAUCGCCUUUAUCUUCCUCUUCUACGCUGCCUAUGACUUGGCCUUCACGCCGCUCAUCGUCUCGUACACGGUCGAAAUUCUGCCCUACCAGCUCCGCGCCAAGGGCUUCAACGUCUUCAACUUCGUCAUCUCGGUCGCCCUUAUCUUCAACCAGUACGUCAACCCGAUCGCGCUCGACGCCCUCGGCUGGAAGUACUACCUCGUGUACGUCUGCUGGCUCGCCGCCGAGGCCGUCUUCCUCUACGUCUUCCUCAUCGAGACCAAGAACCGCACGCUCGAGGAGACCGCGGUACUGUUCGACGGCGAGAACGUCACCGAGCAGAUCGCGCAGAAGGCCGAGGCCGUCGCCGACGUCCACAUCGACGACGAGAAGGCCUCCGACGUCUGAGUCUGAGUCUGAGUCUGAGUCUGUCCCUCUUGACGGUUUUAGCUGGAAGUCAUCUUAUGUUGAUUUUGAUAUAUAUUGCACAUACCACCCCCACCCCCACUACUUACUCUAGCCUAGCCUUGGGCUGCAUAAGCUAUUUUACUACUACAAACAAACCCCCGCAUCGCACCGAUUGCAUGGACCAGACCGCCGCAGCGCUCGUUUUAUCACCCCGCUUGCUCGCUCCGUCUUCUUGCCCACCCGUGUACGAUAGUAACAUCCUUUAUGCAAAUCAUUC